AUGAACAUUCUUGAAGAUCAAGUUACAGAUCUCAAUUACCUAGUCGAUACCCCAAUAGUUCCAAUAUCUCCUAUUGCGGUGUCCGGCAGCAUGAACAGCCAGCGACAAUCCUCGAGUGCGGAGAGUCCCGCGGAUACCGGUCCUGGGAGCGGAAAGAAGAGGAAAAACGACGAAACUGAUGCCAACGGAAAUACACAUACAAGAGCAAAGAGAAACAGAUACAUCUCUAUUGCAUGUAACGAAUGCAAGCGGCGCAAGAUCAAAUGCAAUGGAAACACCCCAUGCCAAAGAUGCGGAAACCUCAACCUCGACUGUCAGUAUGCGCCGAAUUGCUGCUCAAAUGGAUUCAAGGAGUCCGAGGAAUUUAAGCAGAUGAAUGCACACCUUGCUUCCCUCCAGGAACAAGUCGACAAUUUGUACGCGAACCUCAAUGCUUUGCGCGCUGGCGCAGAUGCUAUGAGCUAUCCUCCUCCUUCCGAGGGUUCUGUAUCUGUCUCCCAACCUCCACCGAUCUCCCCAGCAAAUCGGUAUCGACCAGCUCCUAAGCAUCCAUCAUUCCGAGGACCGACCAGCUCGGCUUUCAGUCUCGAUGUUGCGAAGAACACGCUGCAUAAUAUGGGAUAUCGAGGUCUGGUUGAUGAAGGAGUUGUAACACAGGAUGCAACUCCAAUUGCUUCUCCACGGAGCAUACAGCCACCAACCUCAGCCAUCCUCAACGGUAGCCCAGAUCGUGAUCCCAUAUGGGCAUUGAACAAAGAGGAGAUGGUGCGGCUCUGUCGUGUGUAUGAAGAGGAAAUGGGGCUCAUGUACCCUGUGGUAAACAUUGAGCAAAUCAUCAUCCAUGGAACAAAUCUUUUCGAUUUCAUAGAUGCCGCUCUCCGGACUAACCUAGCGAACCCUAAUACCCCGGGGAAAGGGGUCUACGACGAGCAGUCACUGGUGCUGAAGAUGGUGCUUGCUUGUGCCGCCGUGGUAGAGGGGAAUGGCCAGAGCGAGAUUGGUUACCGCUUGUUUGAAAGUGUUAGGGAGGCGGCAGAUCGAAUCUUGCAUGGCGAGGCAAUUGAGGUGAAAAGUCUGCCGCUGCUUGUUGUUGUGGUAGGUCAAAAAAUUCGUACUUCUGCACAGCACAAAACCUGUCAAACCCGAAACUUUAUUUCAUUGUCCAAAAGGAAAAGCGCAAGUUCCGACAUGGCGAUUCGCGAAGGUACUUGCGCUUUAUGCCCUCCUCCGGAUUCGAACCAGAGUCUCCCUCAACAACCCGUGAGUUGUUAG